AUGACUGAGAAUGAGGAGCCACAAAUAUUUAAAAAACGUUAUAAAAUUGUCAAAAAAUUAGGAGCAGGAAAUUUUGGUACAGCUUAUCUCGUUACUGAUCUUGAAGUACGCAAUGAACCAAAAGUACUCAAGGUUGUUCGACUAGGCGAAAUGGAUGCUGAUCAAACAGUUGAUUCUGUUCGUGAAGCUGAACUAUUAUCAAAUUUACAUAACGAACAUAUUGUUAAAUUCUAUGAAAGUUUUCUUGAAAAUGAUUAUUUAUGUAUUGUAACGGAAUUUUGUGAAGGUGGCGAUCUUGAUCAACGAUUUAAGCAAUUAAAAAAAGAAAAUCACACAUUGGAAGAAGAUCAAGUUGUUGAAUGGCUUAUACAAAUAUUAAUUGCAGUACAAUAUAUGCAUAAAUCUAGAAUAUUACAUCGAGAUUUGAAAGCAAGAAAUAUAUUUCUCAAAUCGAACAAAGUUAAAAUUGGUGAUUUUGGUAUCAGUCGAAUUUUAGUUGGAACUAUGGAUGUUGCAAGUACAUUCACGGGAACACCAUAUUAUAUGUCACCUGAAGUAAUGAAACAUGAUGGGUAUGAAUCUAAAUCAGACAUUUGGUCAGUUGGUUGUUUAUUAUAUGAAAUGUGUACUUAUCAACAUGCUUUUGAUGGUAAAGGCUUGAUGAAUGUUAUUUAUAAAGUAGUAGAAGGACAACCACCUGAAUUGCCAAAAACAUACUCAAAAGAACUGAAUGAUUUAUCGAAAAAAAUGUUUGCCAAAGAUCCAAAACAACGUCCUAGUGCUGCUGAAUUACUACAAAGUACAUUUAUUCUUCAGCAUCGUCAAAGAAUUCAAAUGAAUGCUCCAUUAGAAACAACAAUCAGUGGUAAUCAUCGUUUAAAAAAUAUUCAUGCUCGAUUACAAAGUCCAAUGAAUUAUGGUGAAAUGCAAAAACAAAAUUGGUCAUUAUCUAGUCCAAAUCAUACUAUUAAAGUUGAAGAUGUUGACGAUGACAAUGAUGUACAACUUGGAAACAAUACAUUCUAUAAAUGUAAUUUAAAAACUGAAGAAGAAGAAGACAACGACGAAGAACAACAACAGCAGACUUUAAAAGAAGGAAUGACACAAAAAACAGCUAAGCAAACAAUGAUUGAACGAAAGUUACAUCAAGCUGACGCUCGUGCUCAAGAAUUUGCUCAAGCGGUUCGAUCGCAAACAUUGCAAGCUGCUCAAAGCCGACAAAUGAUGCGUGACAGUACUAUUUGUGGAUCAAUGCAACAACCAUGGCCAUCUCCAAGUAUUACUGAUAAAAAAGAGCAAGCACGUUCAAAACUAGCACAAACAUAUAAUAGUCAUAAUCGUAAACCUAAUCAAUACUCCAAUGACGAAACUUAUGCUGUUCGUCCGCCUGCAGAUCGUUUAAAUAAUUUCAAUAAAUCUCUUCGUACUAAAGCCACUGAUGAUCGACCAAUAACACCUAUGCGUGGAACUUAUAGACAAAUAGCUGACCAAUUUGGUGAUGAAGACGGUUUACCCAUUGAUCCAACUUUAACAAAUCAAUAUUAUGAAGCUUAUAAUGAUUUUGAAAAAGAAGAUGAUUUUAGUCCAACACGUGAACAACAUGAAAAAGAAUUCUACGAACAAGUUUGCCGUAGUUUUAAUGGUCAAGAAAGAACAAACGACAGACGUCGAGUAAUGUCUGCAUCAAGAAGUUCAACAAUGAAUUCAUUGAGUCGAACAAUUGAUGAACGUUUUACGACUAAUCAAAUAAGGCCAUCAAAGUACAUAACAUCCUCAAGAACAGUUGCUGGUGCAACGAAACAAAGAACUUUAUCAAAUCGAACAGUCGAUGAAAAUAAUUCUACAUUGAAAGAUAAUCCAAUUCGAGAUGCAUAUGGUCCACUUGCAAAAAAUAGAAAACUUACUUCACUACGAACUAAAGCAAUUGAAGCACUAGGUGAAGAAACAUUUGAAAAGGUUCACAACUAUUUAAUAAAACAACGUAGUGCACAACGAACAGAUCUAACAUUAGAUGAUUCAAAAAUUACUCAAGGUCUUACAGCAUUUGUUAAAAAACCCAGUGACUGCUUUCUUGUUGAUCAACUUGUAUUUCUCGAAUUGGUUGCAAACUAA